AUGGAGGAUGCCCACACGAAAACAGCUGAGGAAGUUUUGCAGUACUUCGGUGUUGACAGUAAUGUUGGUCUUACCCAUGAACAAGUCAAUAAAAAUAGAGAAAAGUAUGGUCCAAAUGAAUUACCGGCCGAAGAAGGCAAAAAGUUGUGGGAGUUAAUAUUGGAACAGUUUGAUGAUCUCCUUGUCAAGAUUCUACUUCUUGCUGCCAUUAUUUCAUUUGUUCUAGCUUUAUUUGAAGAACAUGAUGAUCAAACAUCAGCAGUCACCGCUUUUGUUGAGCCUUUUGUGAUUUUGCUCAUUUUGAUAGCAAAUGCUACUGUUGGUGUUUGGCAAGAGAGGAACGCUGAAAGUGCUAUAGAAGCUUUGAAAGAAUACGAGCCAGAAAUGGCAAAAGUGACCCGCGAAGGAAAGCAUGGUAUUCAAAUGAUUCGUGCUAACGAACUUGUACCGGGUGACAUUGUUGAAGUCUCAGUGGGUGAUAAGAUUCCUGCAGAUUUACGUCUACUAAAAAUUUAUUCAACAACAUUACGAAUUGAUCAGUCUAUCCUUACCGGUGAAUCAGUUUCUGUGAUCAAACACACGGAUAGUGUACCUGAUCGAAGAGCCGUUAAUCAAGACAAAAAAAAUUGUCUUUUUUCUGGCACUAACGUUGCUGCUGGAAAGGCUCGUGGAAUCGUUUUUGGUACCGGCUUAAACACAGAGAUCGGCAAAAUUCGAACUGAGAUGGCACAGACGGAAACGGAGCGUACUCCACUGCAGCAAAAGCUUGACGAAUUUGGAGAGCAGUUAUCGAAAGUCAUUUCAAUAAUUUGUAUAGCUGUGUGGGCUAUCAAUAUUGGUCAUUUUAAUGAUCCUGCCCACGGUGGUUCAUGGAUUAAAGGUGCCAUCUAUUAUUUUAAGAUUGCUGUCGCUCUUGCUGUUGCAGCUAUUCCAGAAGGUCUUCCUGCAGUUAUCACCACAUGUUUAGCAUUGGGUACUCGAAGGAUGGCUAGAAAGAAUGCCAUUGUUCGUUCCCUACCAUCGGUAGAAACUUUGGGAUGUACUUCAGUAAUUUGCUCAGAUAAAACAGGAACAUUAACCACAAAUCAAAUGAGUGUUUCAAAAAUGUUUGUUGCGGAGAAAGUUAGCGGGGAUGAUAUUGAUUUUCUUGAAUUCACAGUUAGUGGAUCAACAUAUGAACCUUCAGGACAGGUAUUCCAUCAUGGACGACAAAUCAAUUGUGCAAGCGGGGAAUUCGAAACACUCACUGAAUUAGCAACCAUAUGUGCAAUGUGCAACGAUUCUGCUGUGGAUUACAACGAUAUAAAACACGUGUAUGAAAAAGUUGGGGAAGCAACAGAAACAGCAUUGGUCGUUUUGUCUGAAAAAAUGAAUGUUUAUGGAACAAAUAAAACAGGUUUAUCACCUCGUGAUUUGGGAAGUGUUUGUAAUCGAGUAAUUCAGCAAAAAUGGAAGAAAGAAUUUACAUUGGAAUUUUCACGGGAUCGAAAAAGUAUGAGCGUCUUUUGUGUGCCAUCGUCUGGUGGAUCCGGUGCGAAAAUGUUCGUGAAAGGAGCUCCUGAAGGUGUACUAAAUCGUUGUACGCAUGUUCGUGUAAAUGGCCAAAAAAUACCGUUAACACAAAAAAUGAUGCAAAAAAUUGUUGAUCAGUGCACACAGUAUGGUACAGGACGUGACACUUUACGAUGCUUGGCUUUAGGAACAAUUGAUAGUCCGCCAAAUCCGAAGAAUUUGGAUUUGGAGGAUUCAGCACAGUUCUCAAAAUACGAAAAAGACAUAACAUUUGUUGGUGUGGUUGGUAUGUUGGAUCCACCGAGAUCUGAAGUUAUUACUUCGAUUAAGGAAUGUCGUAUGGCUGGUAUUCGCGUUAUCAUGAUUACUGGUGACAACAAAAACACGGCUGAGGCUAUUGGUCGUCGCAUUGGACUUUUCGCUGAGGAUGAAGAUUCUAUUGGCAAAGCUUUUACUGGACGUGAAUUCGAUGAUUUGCCACCAGAGCAACAAAGUGAGGCAUGCCGACGAGCCAAACUUUUUGCUCGUGUAGAACCUGCUCAUAAAUCUAAAAUUGUCGAGUUUCUUCAGUCUCAUGGUGAGAUUACUGCAAUGACUGGUGAUGGAGUAAACGAUGCUCCUGCACUGAAAAAAGCUGAGAUUGGCAUCGCUAUGGGAUCAGGAACAGCUGUUGCUAAGACAGCAUCGGAAAUGGUCUUGGCUGAUGAUAAUUUUGCAACAAUUGUAGCAGCAGUUGAGGAAGGGCGCGCUAUUUAUAAUAACAUGAAACAGUUUAUUCGUUAUCUUAUUUCCUCAAAUAUUGGCGAGGUCGUAUCAAUUUUCCUAGUAGCAGCUUUGGGUAUACCGGAGGCGUUGAUCCCUGUACAACUGUUGUGGGUAAAUUUAGUGACAGAUGGUCUUCCAGCAACUGCUUUAGGAUUUAACCCACCAGAUUUGGAUAUUAUGGAUCGACCACCACGUUCUGCUGGCGAAUCAUUAAUUUCAAAGUGGCUUUUCUUUCGCUACUUGGCCGUUGGAUCAUAUGUUGGACUGGCAACUGUUGGUGCAGCGAUGUGGUGGUUUUUGUUGUACGAAGAUGGUCCACAAAUCAGUUACUACCAGUUGACACACUGGAUGCGAUGUGAGAUUGAACCAGAAAACUUUGCUGAUCUUGAUUGUGCUGUAUUUGAAGAUACACAUCCCAAUGCAAUGGCACUGUCGGUUCUAGUCACCAUUGAAAUGUGUAAUGCUUUGAAUAGUUUAUCAGAAAAUCAGUCUCUUUUGGUAAUGCAACCAUGGAAAAAUAUCUGGUUAAUAUCAGCAAUUGCGUUAUCAAUGUCACUUCAUUUCGUCAUCCUUUAUGUGGAAAUUUUGGCGACCAUCUUUCAAAUCACUCCGCUCACGUUGCCAGAAUGGUUUGCAGUUCUGAAAAUGUCAUUUCCUGUCAUUCUUCUGGAUGAAUGUUUGAAGUUCAUUGCUCGAAACUACAUCGACGGUGAGAGUGUUUGGCGUGGUGGUGAUUAUGAAAAACCGAGUAGAUCACGUACCUUGCGUGUGAUAUCUACGUUUGCAAUGUCUCUCAUACUUUUUGUUGGUUACUUUUACUGGGUAUUAAGACCAUAUUUACCACAGCUAAUGCAUGCUUUUGGUUAUGGGCCACGACUAAUUCCAUAUAACUCCCAUUCACAUUUACAUUCUGAUUUAUGA